GUGCACACAACUUGUCCGAGCUCUUCUUUGUGCUGGUGGCGGCGCACACAUGGGUCUACGAGGUAGCAGGUGUGCUUGACAGGUCCGGUGCGGCAAAGGCGGGCACAAAUUGGCUUUGCACCAACGAUUGUUGAAUCCGCAUGGAUGAUAUUGUUCCGUUUUGUCGAGUCGCCAGUUUGCAGAGCCACUCCCUCGCUGCGGGAAACCACUCCUCGCGGCAGUUGUCAUGGCGACCGAGUCUAUUUCGCUCAACGACUACGUUCUCCUUGACAACCUUGCUUCGGGUUCUUCGGGUACCGUCUACACAUGCGUGCGCAAGGAUGAUCCCCAUGGUCGGGUCAUGGCCAUCAAGAUCGUCGAUAUGUCCGAGUUCAAGCUCAAGGAUGUGCAGCAUGCGAUGGCCGAAGUGACGGCCAUGUCGACACUCCAGCAUCCGAACAUCAUCGAGUACAUCGAGUCGUUUGUGGAUGACUCGAACUUGGUGAUUGUGAUGGAGUAUGCGCCGUCGGGGGAUCUGGAGUCGGUCAUCAAGUCGCACCGGCGGAUCCGCGAGUACAUCGACGAGGACAUGGUGCUCUCGAUUUUCAUCCAGCUUGCCGACGCACUGGCAUAUGCACACGAGAUGAAAAUCCUUCACCGCGAUGUCAAGACGCAGAACGUAUUCAUGUUUGGCGAGCGGUGCAAGCUGGGCGACUUUGGACUGACGACGAUCCUGUCGACAACGCAAGCGGUGGCCUUUACACGACUUGGGACACCGUACUACAUGUCGCCGGAAGUCUGCCGUGGCGUGCCGUACUCUGACAAGAACGAUGUGUGGUCGCUCGGGUGCCUGCUCUACAAGCUCUGCUCGCUGCGCAACGCGUUCAACGGUGAGUCCCUCAAGGGUCUGCUGGAGGCAAUCUGCCGCGAGCCGACGCCCAAGCCACCGUCGCGGUACUCGCGUGAGCUGCGGUCGCUCAUCAAGCUCAUGCUCAAGAAGGACGUUGACUCGCGGCCGACGAUGAAGCAGAUCCUGGAGCUGCCGUUCAUCCAGGAGACCCGGGCGCGGCUCGAAGGCGCGGCGCCUUCGCUCGAGGCUGCCCUUGACGCCUCGGACUCGAACUCUGUCUCGUCGACCUCAUCGCAGUCGGGCGCCGGUGCCUUGUCGUAUGGAAACACCGGGCGCAAGAAGGCCGGUGAUGGCAUCGGCGCCGUCUCGUACGGCGGCGAGCAGGCGUACGCCGUUCUCGAGAAGCGCAUGGAGGCCAUGAAGAUGGAGUCGAUGGCCGACGGCGACGCCAAGGCCAAGUCCAAGGCCAAGUCCAAGGAAAAGUCCAAGUCCAAGGAGAAGUCCAAGACCAAGGACAAAGACAAGGACAAGUCCAAAGCCAAGGGCAAGUCCAAGUCCAAGGACAAGUCCAAGUCCAAGUCCAAGUCCAAGUCCAAGGCCAAGUCCAAGGCCAAGGAUGGCUCCGAUUCGGCUUCCUACGAUGAAGCCGGCAAGAAGCCUGAUGCCAAGGCUCUUCGCAAGCAUCAUAAGGAGGGUCUCGCUGAGCUCCGUGAGCUCUACCUCAAGUCUAAGCAGGAGAAGGGAGGCAGCGGCGCCGACGAGUACUGAUGAGCCGAAGGCGAUACGACUCUACGACUCUACGACUCUACUCUCGGUGGCGAUGCCAUGCGCUUAUCCUCUCUUUGCCAAGCUGUUGGUGAUGAAUCCUACUUUAUGGUUUAAAUGGAUUCGAAUUGAAGUGUGGGUGUAUCGGUGAAGUUUGUGCAUGGAG